CGAGUCGCUACGGUGAUGAGUCGCUACGACCCCACGGUGCCGAACCUGUCGCCCCGGAGCACCCUCGAGGCGCUCCGCGCGCGCAGGAAAAAUCCGUCUUCUCCGGCGCUGGCGAGAGGCGGCAGCGACUCGAUGUCGGAUCUCAUGGCGUACGGGCAGCAGCUGGAGAGCGCUGACGGGGCGCCGAUGCUUCCAGAGUCGCGCGGCAACGACGACGACGGCGCCGCGUAUGCCCCGGCUGCCGAUGCAUUCGACGCCGCCGCUGGCGAGUCGCCCUCGCUGCUGCAAGUGUGGCUCUGCAUGCUCGCAGCUAUGGAGCUCCCCAUCAUCGUCCACUCCAUCGCGACGGCCGACCCGCUCGACUCCGAUGCCGCCGAGCGGCUCUACACUCGCUGCGUCCUCGCGCUGCUCCGGCUGCUUGCUGCGGCGGCGGCUGACCGGCACGUUCUCGCCGCCGUCGCCACGGUGCACCUCCUCGAGCUCGCCCUCCUCGGCUACGAGGCGUACGACUCGCUAGUCAACUUGACCCUCGCCGGCCUACCUCUCGCUCGCAGCGGCUUGCGGCUCACGAUGGCCACGAACGCUGCCGUCCUCGUCGCCGCCGCCGGCGUCGCCCCUCCGCCGCGAGCAAAGUCAGAUUGAGCGAGUGUCGCUUGGGGGCCUGCCUCGGUGGCGACAAGUGAAGAGCAGGUGCGACAGACCGCGCAGCGCUGAUGUCUGGCAUGCGUGUACAUGGCCCGCAUUGCCAUGAGUUGUGAAGAGUUGUGAAUCGCGAGCGUCCGGGGACCCUCCUCAUCAUCUCCUCACCUCUCUCAGUGUAUCGUGUAUGUGACUCUCUUCGAGCUU